AUGGCUCUGACAGGCUCAAAACCUGUGAUGCUGUGUCCAGUCCUUCUCAUUGCUGGUUCGGCUUCACCUCACCUCCCCCAUCACAUCGCUCCUGUUGUUGCUGGUGUCUAUGUUGGAAAAGAAAUUAUCAUCCCGCUUCCUGGCGUGGCUAUCAAUGGAUAUCGCGCUAUGGAGUCGAGAGUUGUCUGCAUGCACGCUUAUGUCGAGGGCUGUCCUGAUACCCCAGAGCCAAUGCAAGCCACGGACAUCAACCGGCCACAGACCUCUGCUGAUCAAGAUGUUUAA